AUGUAUCUCUCUUCAUUUCUCUCUCUCUCUCUCUUUCUCUCUCUCUCUCUCUCUUACUCUCUCUUUCUCUCUCUCUCUCUUGUCUCUCUCGAGACAAAGACAAAGACAAAGGAGUCGUACACAUACACUUGCGUGGCAAAGGGUUGUUCGUGGCUGCACGAGGUCGAGAGGACCUCAACGACUGCACCAACUCUCGAGAAGAGAAACACGAACAUGAGCGCCAAGCUUUCUCUGCCCAUAGGGCCUGGCAGAGUGGAUGAGGGGGUCAACCGAACCAUGCUGGGGAGACGAGGUCAAGAACCGAAAGCGCCCAGCAUCAAGGAGAAGUGCGGUGCAGGGUUGCACAACGGUCCUCUCUUAUCACAUUCUCUCUUGUCUCUUCUCUCUCUGUCUCUGUCUCUCUCUGUCUUUCUCUCUCUGUCUCUCUCUCUCUUUCUCUCUCUCUCUCUCUCUCUCUCUCUCUUUCUCUCUGUCACGACAUCGAUUCAGAUUGACCAACUGAAUCAGCGGGACAAGCGCCUUUCUCGCAUUGCUUCGCCAAACCUCAAAAAGUCAUCAAUGUCAUUCCCACAAUCGCUACGCUGGAUCAUACUGCAAGACUCCUUUCGCAAAGAGUGGGACGAGGCGUUUGUUGAACACACUCAAGUUUCGAGUGGUGCACUCUUUUUAGAAACGACUGAGUGA